AUUUUAGGUGCACCGGUGACAUUCUUCGAUGACACACCAGGCAGUGCAGCAUAAUAUAAAUGUUAUUCGAAAGUGAAGAGAAAAUAACUUGUAACGUUUAAUGUUUUUGAAAAAAAGAAUUCAUAAUUACAAACAGCUAGUUGGCUCAUUAAAUCGCAUUAGAUAGCCGGUGAUAUGUCGUACUUUCGACCUAGCUGCGCGUGACUGGACUACAAUCUUCUGGGCGUUUCCAUGGUGACAUCAGCAGGCUGCCGUGAGCUGACACGUACGGUUUUGUUUUAGAAAAAAAACUUAACUGUAAAGCAGAGAAAAGGAAACAGCUCGUAACAGAGAGAGAAGACAGCGUUUCAUCAGAAGUCUCAUCAGAUCUCAGUCCCCGAUUUCACCAUGAACGUGUUUGACCGCAGCAUCAACAUUGAUGCCCUCUUCAAGUUCUCCCAAAUAUCUCAUUCCACCCAGGUGCACUUGAAGAAUGUGUACUCAAGCUUGGCAGUUUGUAUGUUUGUGGCCGCUGCCGGCUCCUAUGUCCAUGUCGUCACACGCCUCUUUCAGGGUGGUGUGCUGUCUGUGCUUGGAUCCCUGGGGUUGAUGUUCUGGCUUGCCAUGACCCCCCAUAACCCUGAGACAGAGAAGAAGAGACUGGCUAUCCUCGCUGGAUUUGCCUUCCUCACAGGUGUUGGCCUUGGACCCACACUGGACUUUGUCAUCUCUGUCAAUCCGAGUAUCAUUGUGACUGCCUUCAUGGGAACCUCUGUGAUUUUCAUCUGCUUCACUCUCAGCGCCCUCUACGCCAAACGCAGGACCUACCUGUUCCUUGGAGGCACACUCAUGUCCGGCCUUUCCCUCCUAUUCCUGAUGUCUCUGAUGAACAUGUUCUUUGGAUCUAUGAUUCUGUUUAAGGCACACAUGUACCUGGGGCUGCUCAUCAUGUGCGGCUUUGUCCUGUUUGACACUCAGCUCAUCAUCGAGAAAGCAGAAAACGGGGACAAGGACUACGUCUGGCACUGUGUGGACUUGUUUCUUGAUUUCAUCACCAUCUUCAGGAAACUGAUGGUCAUCCUUGCCAUGAACGAUAAGGACAAGAAGAAGGAGAAGAAGUAAAGAGUCUUUGAGUAGCAGGAAAAUAAAAACAAUCAGAAAAGGCACAAUUUGCAACGCACUUGGUGCUUUUCACUUUCUGUCUUCAUUUUGAAAUUUAACUCCUAUGUGGUCUUACAUUGUUGAAAAUUCUUUGAUUUAUCAUAUACUUUUUUUCUAAACUUACAACAAGGGUUGAAUGUAAGUUUAUGGUAUGGUAUGCUCGUCCCAUCCUGGCUGUGAAUGAAAACUUUAACGCUGCAGUGAUAACGCUUGGCCUGUAGAGGGGAGCGUUGCUCUAUGAUGGCUCCCAGAAGCUGAGCGGCACCUAAUGAGAAUUUUUUUCAUAUUUACUUGUUCUUUAGUGCCAUAAAUUAACAUAAUAGGCUCCUUUUUAUAGUGGGUCACGUGAGCUUCUGAAACUGAUAAUUGUAAUAUUUUAUGUAAUUUCAUUAUUUAUAGUUUUCCUUCGAUCUCUUAAGUGAAAUGUUGCCACAUAAGGUCCCAUGGUUUUUGACAGCAGCUCCUCCUUUUCAGAAAUUUUCCUCUGAUUUGUUUUGCUCCCACGUUUUUUGGUUUUGGGUAAGAGUGAAGAGUGCUAACACUGAUUAAAACCCCAGAAGCCUGUCAGACUUGUUAUGAUCUACACUGAACUCAUUCAGAGGGACUUUCAGCCACUUGCUGGUUUGGAUUUUGGAUUUUGGCCUCAUUGAGGAGGAAGAAUUGCUGCCAUCUGUCCUUUUCUCUUUCAUUUUGUUCCUUCAACUUGGAUUGACGGGCGAAUGAUUCAGACCGCUCCCCUUGUAAAUCUGUUGUCUAGACAAUAGUUUGCCAGAUGAUGAUGUUAACCUGAAAAUUUGGCAUCUGUAUAAUUCCUUUUUUUCCUCUUUUUGCCUUUUUCUUUUCUUUUCAAAGUGUAUACUGUGAAAAUUUUAUUUUGUUGAUGUAAAACUGAAACUAAUAAUUUGAUACAUUUGCUCAAAUAAAUGUGUUGAACGUACUGAGA